AUGGCAAACGAAGGUCUUCUUCUGAAGCUUCGCGAGGCGAUCAAAGAACCCCAUGCAGCCAUCCACCAGAUGAAUCUCUCGCGAAUGAGCCUCAGUUUACCUCCCCACACACCCCGACCCACCCUCUACGCGCUCGGAAUCUCGCGCUAUGCCGAAAUCUUCUAUGGACUGGAGGAGGAGUGGGUCGCUUGCAUUGGUGACCCAAUCGAUUGGAUCGGGAAGGAAUCGGACGAUCACCAUCCCGAUUCGUCGUCUGACACCUGUCACCGCGUAAGAUCCCUGUUGCGGACUUUGUACGUGCCCGAGCUCCUGCGGACACGGUCGCUGCAGGCCGAUCUUGCUUUUUUACAAUCUGUCGACCCCGCCAGUGUGGAGCUUAUUGGUGGAUACAAUCCUGCUUCUGAGAUCAGAAAAUAUAUCCAUGACCACGUGGGACGGACGCCUCAUCUUCUCGUCGCGUGGAUUUGGAUCUUGUACUCGGCUAUCCUGUAUGGAGGUCGCGAACUCCGAUCGCAGCUUCUCAGGGCUGGGGCGGAAUUCUGGGACUUGUCGGCUGCGGAGAUCAAGGGUGGAAGGACGCCGUGUCCUUUGUCGUUUUGGCAUAUCGAGGAUGCUGCUGCUGUCAAGGUGAAGUUCAGGGGUCUUAUGGUUGAGGUUGAUCGGCUGUUGAAUCCGCAAGAGCAGCAGGAUAUUCUUGAUGAGUCGAUGGGGAUUUUUCGGAAGCUUGAGUCGUUGACUUUGAGCUUGGAUCAGGAGGCGAUGCAGGCCCAUAUUUCCUUCGCUGGAAACUGA